AUGUUACCAUUGGCCUUGAAGCUACCAGACUUCAAUGAAAAGGAGGAAGCAAAUGGGUUCGUCAAAGAACCACCACAGAAGGUCACUGAUCUUCCAUAUGUGUUUCAGUAUGCAGCAAAAUUUUACAGACAAAAACAAGCUGUGGAGAAAGGUAUCAAGCUGUUGAAGGAAGCUUUAGAAAUAACUCCAAACUUCUUUCACAAUGAAAUGGCCAUGUGUUACAAUGAUAAAAGAAGAAACAUGCAGAGAACUCCAUUCUGCAGGAACCAUCACUGUCUUUUAUCUGAAUUGAUCAUUCAAUACAAGUAUCACUUUGAAAAAACAUAUGAAAAUAGUGUAAGUUCAGCAAUUAAAUCACAGCUGGACUUUGCAAACUUCUGUGAAGUAAUUGGAGACUCCUCCAAAGCAGACGAGAUCUAUACCAACUUGGUGAAGUUAAAGUAUACUUGUCCAGAAAGUAUGCAGAAAAUAUAUUUAUAUGCUGGGUCGUUUGAACUGCACCACAAAAAGUCUGAAUCCGAUGCUAUUAAUCUACUGCUGAAAGGCCUGAAGAUUGAUUAUGAUUCAAAUGAACGCAAAAUGUGUCAGAAGGAAUUGGAAAAUUGGGCAGAUGGGAAACUUUGCAGGUAUCAACAUGAUGGUAAGGCCCUUGGUGUUAAAGCAUUAGUGUAUCAGCUGGAUGGGAACAAGUCUAAAGCUAUUGAAUACUUUCAGAAAGCCUUGAUGAUUGAUCCUUGCAAUGAGGAAUAUUUGAGUGCACUUUGUGAAUUAUGCCUUUCCAUCAAGAGUCAAAAUGAUGAUUGA